CACACACACAGAGACUCUCAGAAAAAUGGCCGCUAUUGCUGAAAUCCCCCAAAUUGCCGAUCCAGCAAAAGCAAAGAGAGGGAAAUCCCGAAAAGCAUUGAAGCAGACAUCCACUAGCGUAGCCAACAUCAUUGCCGGAACCCUAGUCGAAUCCUCCCCCGCCGCCGAGCCGCCGGCGCCGAAUCCCGCCGGAAAAGAGAACCACCAGAGCCUGUCGAACAAGAAGACCAAGAAAGGAGGUGCUUCGAAAGGGGGAAAGAAGCAGCAGGAGGUGGAGGUGUCGUCCUUCGAGAAAGAGUUGCAGGAGAUGCAGGAAAAGCUUGAGAAAUUGAAGCUCGAGAAGGAGCAUACGGAGGAGAUGCUGAAGGCGAAAGAGGAAUCUCUGAAGCAGAAGGAGGAAGAGCUGGAGACGAGGGAUCGAGAGCAAGAGAAACUCAAGACUGAGCUUAAGAAAUUGCAGAAGAUGAAGGAAUUUAACCCCACCAUGAAUUUCUCCUUUGGGCUGUCAAUGAAAGAGCAAGAGCAAGAUAAGAAAGACAAAAAGAAGAGUACCACGAAAAAGCCGUCCCCUCCAUAUAUUCUGUGGUGCAAAGAUCAGUGGAAUGAGGUAAAGAAAGCUAAUCCAGAGGCUGAUUUCAAGGAGAUGUCAACCCUGUUGGGCUCAAAAUGGAAAGCAAUCACUGAUGAAGAGAAGAAGCCUUAUGAAGAAAAAUACCUAGCUCAAAAGGAAGCUUAUUUGAAAAUAAUUGGAAAUGAAAAGCGUGAGCAUGAAGCCAUGAAGCUCUUGGAGGACGAGCACAAGCAAAAGACUGCCAUGGAGUUGCUCGAGCAGUAUCUCCAGUUUAAGCAGGAGGCUGAGAAAGAUAACAAGAAAACGAAGAAGGAAAAAGACCCCUUGAAACCGAAGCAGCCAAUGUCGGCUUAUUUCAUUUUCUCAAACGAGCGUCGUGUUGCUUUGCUUGCUGAGAACAAGAAAAUCUUGGAGAUUGCAAAGAUCACUGGUGAGGAGUGGAAAAACAUGACUGAGCAACAAAAGGAACCUUAUGAGAAGCUGGCAUUGAAAAACAAAGAGCAAUACUUGCAAGAAAUGGAAGUGUACAAGCUAAAGAAAGAAGAAGAAACUGCUCACCUCAAGAAAGAAGAGGAAGAGCAUUUGAAACUUCAAAAGCAAGAAGCCAUGCAGUUGCUCAAGAAAAAAGAGAAAACUGAAACCCUGAUUAAGAAAACUAAAGAGAACCUCCAAAAGCAGAAGAAAGAGAAAGGAGAAAAGAAUGUUGAUCCAAAUAAACCCAAGAAGCCUGCUUCAUCAUACCUUCUUUUCAGCAAAGAGGCUAGGAAGAAUUUAGCCGAAGAGCGUCCGGGGACUAACAAUGCUACUAUCAAUGCUCUCAUUUCUCUCAAGUGGAAGGAACUGAAUGAUGAAGAGAAGCAAAUUUGGAAUGGUAAAGCUGCAGAGGCAAUGGAAGCUUACAAAAAAGAGCUGGAAGCCUAUAACAAGAAAUUGGAAGCCGAAAACAAGGAGAACGAGAAAUAGACUAAUUCUUGAAGAGCUAUGUGUUCAACACAGUUGAACAAUGUUAUGUUUUUUAGUCUAAUCUUUAGUUAUGGUUUUAGUUGAUGCUGACUGGUUUUAGUUGAUGCAAAUUCAAGUUCAUGAAAUUCUAAUCUUUAGUUUUUACU